AUGAAAGCCACCAACAAACAGUGUGGGAAGUUCCUCAGACUUUUGGGCAGAUGUCAACUGGAGGAGAAAGCCAGCACUAUUAAGACCGUCAUCAACCUGACAGGGAGAGCACUGGAUGAGCCAACAAUCUCUGUGCUGUCGAAAGGUCUGAACUUUGCUCCGAUUCCAAGAAUGUUACUAAAACAUGACAUCAUCAGCAAUGUUGAGCAAGCCAUACAUGUACUCCAACCGAGAGCAGCUGAGGAAGUGAGGAGGGAGACCAGCAGUGUACUCGAGAAAGCAAGAAUGCCAGAGAACAACGUUACGACUGAAGAGCGCAAGGCACUGUUGAACCUUUGCGAUGACAAGGAUAUAGUGGUCUUAGCAGCAGACAAAGGGAAUGUGACAGUCCUACUGAAGUCAGUGGCAGAAGAUUGA